GUUCAAUCCCUUGAUUCCUCCAUUUUAAACCUGAACGCUCUCUCGUUUUGAAACAGGCUCACACACUGACACACAUACUCAGUCACAACAACAAUAUCAAUGUCCAACAAUGUUGUCGUGGAAGAUCAUGAGGCUCUCAUCAUGUACCACCACCACCACCACCACCCUUAUCCCUGCCCAGCCUACUUCGUCCAAAGCCCUUCCGCCACCACCCUCACUCAAAACGACGCCGAAUCAUCCACCUUCCACUCCCCUGCCCGCGGCUCCGUCCACUGCUACCACCACCACAAGAAGGUGUCGUACGACGAGAGCCAUGCCACAGCGCCUACGGAGAACGACGGCGAUAUCAACCGUCUGAUUAUAAUGAACAGGAACCGCGGGGAUGACGACGAGGAGGAGGAUGACGUGUUUGAUUAUGAUUGGAGGAAGGAGAAAGGGUGGAGGAGAUACUGGACGUACCGGAACACAGACUCGUGGGCUUGGAUUUGGAUUCAGAUAAGUUGGAGACUGUUGGUGAGCCUCAGUGUCGCCUUGCUUGUUUUCUACAUUGCCACCAAGCCUCCCCCUCCUGUUCUCUCCCUCGAGAUAGAAGGAGUGAGGGAGUUUAAGCUGGGGGAAGGCGUGGACAGAAGUGGGGUGUCAACCAAGAUCCUUAACUGCAACUGCUCCAUUAAUCUGGGAGUUCUCAACAAAUCCAAGUUCUUUCGCCUUCACAUCCAUCCUCCUCUUCUCCACAUGUCCUUCUCCCUCUUACCCUUUGCUCUCUCUCAUCUUAUAUUUGGGCAGGGCCGUGAGGAAUUGUAUGCGGAGAGUGGGACGACGAUAUACGAGAUGGAAGUGGGAGUGAAGAACAAGGCAAUGUAUGGAGCAGGGAGGGAGAUGGAGGACUUGUUAGAGUCAGAAAGAGGGCUGCCCAUUGUGGUGGGAGUGAGUGUGAGGUCUACUUACAGAAUGGUGCCGAGCCUCAUCAACCCUAAGUUUCAUCACAAUCUUCAGUGCCUGAUCCUCCUUCACAACCAUUACGAUACCAAACAUCGAACCCAAUUGUUUAAUACUACUUGUCGACUCUUCACUUCCUAAUCAAUUCCUAGCCAUUGCAUAUUUGCCAUCCAUGUGGUAUAUAUAUAUGCGCCCCCCGUCAAAUGUAGUACUUACUGUACGGGCUACGUAGGAUACAUUUUUAGUGACGAGAAUUUGAAGCUAAGCUUCAUCUGCUUGAAUUUUUAUUUUUAUUUUUAGUUUGAUAAAUCCAUUGAAACUCAA